UGAAUAUCCGCACUUAGUAUGAAAGGAACGAUUGAACAAUAUCUUUUUUUUAUUGGAUUUAUAUUUCCAUUAGCGUGGUUCAUAGGAAGUACUGAACGAUCGUGUUGUUGUUGUUGUUAUAUUACUCGAUAUUAUGAUGAUAAUGAUGAUUCAAAAUGGACAAAUCAAAAUAAAGAUAAUGCCAAUAAGGAUAAUGAUGAUGGAUUCAUUAUUAUUCAAAAACAAAUCAUAGCAGCUGAUCAAUGGAGAAAACGAUGUCGAAUAGCUGCUACACUAUUCUUAACUACCUGCAUUGUAGUUGCUGCCAUUUUGAUGAUAUUUCAACCUACGACAUUUGGAUUACUUUCAAGUAAUACAUCUGCUGAUACUUCAUCCGCUUCAUCUACCGCGAAUAGGCCUGGUGUACCUAUCAAUGGUUCCAAUACGUGGGGAGACACUGUUGCUGGUAUAGGUGUUUCAUCCGUUUAA